GCGUGGAGCAUAUAUGGGUCAACUCAUUUAAUGAUAUAGCUUCAACCUCUCUCUCUCACUCUAUACAUACCCAUAUCACCUUCAAUCCUCUUUUCUCAUUCGAUUCGCCUCACUUGGACCGUAUUUUUCUCUUUCUUUAGUUUCAGAACGGUACAAAGAGCUGCAUGAAUGACUAAGUAGUCUCAAAGAGCUGCAUGAAUAAGCUGUACAAAGAAGAAAAAGCAACCCUCAUCUGCUUGUUUUGAUUGCUAGAGCUAGCUAGGGUUCUAUUCAGAGAAGAUGGGAUGGGGAUUUGUAUUAAUGAUGAGCUUGUUGAUGGGUAUUGUUGUUGCAGGGUGGUUUUGGUAUAAACACAAGGAGGAGAAAAAGAUGAAGAGUGGGAUACCGAAAGGGAGCUUGGGUUGGCCUUUCUUAGGUGAAACUCUUGACUUCAUUGCUUGUGGUUACACCUCUCGACCUGUCAGUUUCAUGGACAAACGCAAGCUCCUGCAUGGGAAUGUGUUCAAAACACACAUCUUGGGAACACCCAUUAUAGUUUCAACUGAUCCCGACGUGAACAAGGUGGUUUUGCAGAACCAUGGCAACACCUUUGUUCCUGCUUACCCCAAAUCCAUCCGAUUGUUGCUUGGCCCGUCUUCCAUACUUCAAAUGAAUGGUAACCUUCAGAAGAGGGUACAUGCACUCAUUGCAGGCUUCCUCAGGUCCCCGCAGCUUAAAACCAGUAUUACUACAAACAUUGAGAACUCUGUGAGACAAACUUUGGGUUCUUGGCAGCACAUGCAGCUCGUACAUGUUCAACAAGAAACCAAAAAGAUUACGUUCCAAGUCUUGGUUAAAGUUUUAAUGAGUGUUGAUCCCGGUGAAGAUUUGGAGUUUAUGAAGAGAGAAUUUGAGGAAUUCAUCAAAGGUUUGAUUUGCUUGCCUAUCAAGUUUCCAGGAACAAGACUAUAUAAAUCUCUCAAGGCCAAAGAAAGGUUAGUAAAAAUGGUGGAAAAGAUUCUGAAGGAGAGAAAAAUGGCCAUGGCGAAAACAGGCGAAAACAGUGUGGUCAAUGAUGCAGUGGACGUCCUGUUACGUGACAUUAGUGAAGAAGGUGAUGAUGAUGAACAAGGAGAAACAAAAGAGAAGCAAUCUCUGCCGUUGGAUUACAUCAGUGGGAACAUAAUAGAGAUGAUGAUCCCAGGAGAAGAGACGGUUCCCAUGGCAAUGACCCUAGCUGUCAAAUUCCUCGGUGACAGCCCUGUUGCUCUCCACCAGUUGAUGGAGGAGAAUAUGGAACUGAAAAAGCAAAAGAUGAAUUGUGGUGAAGAUUAUAGUUGGACUGACUACUUGUCUUUGCCAUUCACUCAAAAUGUAAUAAGUGAAACUCUUAGACUGGCAAAUAUCAUUAAUGGAGUUUGGAGGAAAGCAGUAAAGGACAUUGAUAUCAAAGGCUAUCUGAUACCACAGGGAUGGUGUGUUCUAGCUUCUUUCAUUUCUGUUCAUAUGGAUGAAGAAAAUUAUGAACAACCUUAUCGUUUCCAUCCAUGGAGAUGGGAGAGACUUGGAACUGCUGUUAACAACAAUGGCUUUACACCAUUUGGAGGUGGGCAGAGGCUUUGCCCUGGUAUAGAACUAUCAAGGCUUGAAAUUUCAAUCUUCCUUCACCAUCUCAUCACCAGUUACAGAUGGGUUGCUGAAGAGGAUCACAUUAUCUACUUUCCAACAGUUAGGAUGAAGAGGAAGCUGCCAAUCAGUGUCACCCGCUUAUGAAACUACCAUUAGUUUGGCCCAUCAAGGACAGUCUGUAGUACAAUAAUAUCUAAAGCAAAAUAUUUUCCUUUCUGAAUUGGAUAAUACAUAAGAAGACAGAAACUUUGGAAGGAUUAUUGCCCACUCAAAAGGGAGCCACUGGGGAAUGGCCAUUUGUACAGAUACAUUGAUCUUUUAAAAGAUAUGAUAGGACUGUGCAUUAUGGUGUUAGUUCUCAUGUCACCAUCUUUUUUUUCUUUCAUAGCAUUGGAGAGGUCCUAACUGGGUCCCCUUUUUCUUUGUUCCUUCUAUAUUGAAUGCAUUGUCUAAAUCCUUGUUCCA